UGCUGUGUCCCUCGGACACAGCGGAUCACCGAUCACGGAAAGAGCCAAAGAUGUCGGCUCAGUCAUGUGAUCAGCUGUGUCCAAUCACAGCUGAUCACAUGGGACAUGUACACUGAUCAUCAGAGCACUGAUGAUCAAUGUGCCCUGAUGAUCAGUGUAGCCCCAGCAGUGCCACCUGUCAGUGUCCAUCAGUGCCUUAUGUCAGUGCUCAUCAGUGCCUCGUGCCAGUGCCCAUCAGUGCCACAUCAGUGUGACAUAUCAGUGCCUACCAGUGCACAUCAAUGCCACAUAUCAGUGCCCAUCUGAGCUGCCUUUCAGUGUCACCCAUCAGUGCCAGUCAGUGCCACCUAUCAAUGCCAAUCAGUGCUGCCAAUCAGUGCCACCUAUCAGUGCC